AUGCAAGUUUCGGCCACAGGGCCGCGGAGGUCCGCCCUUCGAUCGCCGUGGCCUGGGCUUCCUCGGGGUCUCCUCGCCAUUCUUUGGGUGCUUCUCGUGGCCGCGGCCGGGCUCGACGGGGACACUGUGGCCAAGACCGCGCCGCUGGAGAGGCCACCGAGCCUGACCGUCGACGGGCUGGUGGUGGGCACCCGCUGGGUCAGGAAGACCGGCCAGGCUGGCGAGCCCAGCCGCUCCUACUGGCUGGGCGACUCGCUUGACAUCACGGCCCUCGGGGUGGAGCCGCGGUCGACGGCGACGCCCCAGGAGUUCCAGGCCCUGGUCGACGCGCGGAUGCGGGAUCUCCUCGCGCGGCAGGGGCUGGUGGCGCUCGCCCUCGUUGUGCAGCUGAAGCUGAAGGUCGAAUUGUUCGAGAUGACCUUGCCGGCGAAGCGGGCCGACGCCCACGCGAUCCACAGCUACGCCGGCCCCGUGCAGAUGAAGGGCAGGCUGAAGACCAUCCCCAGCUACGUGCCGGCGGACAGGUUCCUGAACCUCAACGCGGGCGAGUCGCGCUGCUGGGUGGCCAGGACGAGGUUCAAGAAGGGCAACGUGCUCACGACGCAGUACCAGGUCGGGCCAGACCACUGCUUCCAGCCUGGCGAGGUCGUGUCCUUCCGGAUACAGUCCAAGGUCUGGCGCUUCAGGACGCCUGUGUGGGUGGUGUCGGAAGCGGAGCAGGAGGCGUUCCAGAGGCUGUACGCGGAGGGCAAGUGCAAGGAGGGCUUCCUCGUGAAGGACACGCUGAACACCGGCGACCGCUUCGUGCUCAUGCCCUGCUUCGACCGCGCGGCCACCCGCCGCCCCGACUGGCGGCUGAUCCGCGAGAGGGAGCUCGUUUCUGACAUCGUGGAGGACGGGUCCAGCAGCGCGGCGGGCGAGACGCAGCGGGACCCGGACUGCGGGUACAUCACCAGGAAGCUGGUGAGGGACUUCGCGCUGGACAAGCCGGACGCGGACGGGAAUCCAAAGGAGCUGAAGGUCGUGCACGUGGACUGCCACUGGCUCAACAUCAGGCUGGCGGUCCCGGCGUUCAUCGGGGUCCCCAGCCGGGCGGCGCACGACGUGGCGGCCCCGCCCCCGCCGGGUUUGGCGCUGCAGGACGUGAACCACUACAGGGGCGACGCCCAAAAGCGGGAUCGUUUGCGCCGACAUUAGCGCGUAAGCUCCCCGCGUAAGGUCGCGCGUGAGCGCCCUCGCUGCCAAUGCAGCGUGCCGUGGGGGCAGCCCGCGUAGGCCGCGGCGGCGUAGAGUCGCUGUGCCAUCUCGCGUAAGCCCCGUUUUUGAUCGUCGCUCACAUGGACCUGCGCGGGAGGCUCGGGUUCAACGCCAUGGGCCUGCUGCACAAACGGGACGAUGGCUCAUUUUUCGACGACGGGGUCGGGCUCGAGGUGCCGCUCGGCAACAACUCCGUGAUGCUGCCGAGGUCGCAGCUGCUCUUCAUGGACUACUGGCGGGACACGCCCGAGCAGAAAGCCUUCCGGAGGGUCCUGGACACCAUCUCCGACGCGGGCUUCCUGCUGCCGAUACAGCACUGACGGGCGCACGCACGUCAAGUGGUAUGUUUGCUUCGUUGCUCCGAGGCCAUGCGUCGAAGGAGAGCGGAUUUCCUGGAUGGGCGCUGGGCCACCCUGGCGGCGCCUCCGGCUCCGC